CGAUUUAGUGAGCAAUGAAUUGAAUGCAGUUUUUAGUGUCAAAUGUUUGACCAAAAUAUUGGCUCACAUUUGAUGUGAAGAGAAAACAGACUUUCAUUUAUUGUUUUAUUUAUUAAUUAAUUUAUUUUGUAAUAUAAUUAACGAAAUGAAUGACUGAUUGAAUGGUUGAGAAAGCGAUACACAAGAGAGCGAAUCCCAUCGAUGGCUGACCAACACAUCCAACAGAUGAUCGACGAGUGGAUCAAUUGCGGCACUAAUCGCACCCAAGACUUGCAACUCAUUAAAGACGAGUCACUAUUUGAUGCCAUUGUGACAGUCAUUGAACGGAACCGUUCGGACGAUGAGUCUUUGGACGCGAUUUGUAAUAAAUUGUAUUCGUAUUACCGUUCAAACGAUGACCAACUGAUCCACUAUUGUCUGGCAUUCAUUCCUCCGCUAAUCGGCGUUCAUAUAUUGAAUGCAAACAAUUGUGUGUCAAACGCGAGCUCAAGAUGUCGUGCGGUGGAUGUCCUGCUUCUGGGUGUGUAUAACCUGGAAGUGGUGGACACUGAGGGACAGCUCAAGACACAGAUAUUCCGAUUGAUGUCUUUAACGAAGCCUUCGCUAUAUCACGAGCCGUCACCACAUUCUUCGACCCAAAACCAGUCAUCACUUCUCACUGAACACAACAUUUCAAAACUGGACAACAUUUGCGGUGAUAUUGAGAUUCCACUGUUCGGUCCGUUUCCUGAAGUCGACCACAUUGUGACCAACAAUCGCAUGGAUGUCAUGACUGUCUUAAUGAAAGUCUUUAAUCAUAACAUUUGUUCGCUAAACAGACAGUCAUUGUCUGCUUUGUGUCGGAUGUCUCUAAGGCUUUUAAGGCAGGGAUCGGUGAAUAUAUCGGUAGAAAAGCUGAAUUCAGUGAAUGUGAACGCGUUGUUGGCAUCCAAUCAAUUGAUUUCCAGAAACUCCACCAAAAUAGCAUUGAGUUCCCAUUUUUUGGUCGAAAUAACAAAUUCCAUAUAUUAUUGUCUAUAUAAUGACACAACAGAUCUGGCCUUCGAAGCACUCGAAGAGAUCCAUAACAGAGCUGUCAAUCAUUUAUAUACAGAUGUUUUGCUGAUGACAAAUGCAAUAAGAAAUUCCCUAUUAAUAAACACGGGUCAGCCCUCCGACGGACCGAUGGGUAUAAACGUUGCGCUUUCGCCGACGUCUAGCACUGCGCUGACGACGACAGCGAAGAUAGCGAUCACAAACGCCUCAUUCAAAACACGCAAACUUCCCGAUGACAUCCCUAUAGUGGCCAACACUAAUACCGCCACAAACAUCGGCUCCAAUCAAAUGGGAACCAUUAGUGAAGAAGCGGACGACACAUCUAAGGACACGCCGAACGAGAAGACAAAGACCAGUGCCAUAAAGGGUGUGACGUCAGGGAUCGGCAAAAUGGGUGUCAUUCAGAAGCUUAAAGAGAUUAAGGAUAAGAAAAAGGACGCAAAUGUGGCGCAAAAGAGCGCCAAAUAUAAGGCAGAGAACGGCGAUGUCGUCACUAAUAAAUUGUUAGGUCAUGAGGACAGUGGCAAUGAUUACGGGUCCGACACUUCCGGCAUAUCAGACACCAAAUUGUCGUUCUCUGAAGAGACUAUACCCAUGAAUGUCAUGAAUGCAAAUAAGACUUACUUCGAUAUCAACAAUGAGGACAAUGUAAGCGAUUCCAGUGGUGAGAGCCGUAACAGCUCUGAGACCGCAGCAAAAGUGCCUCUCGUUUGUGUCGGCUCUGAAUCCGCACUCAAUACCAGUAAACAUAAUAAUAACAAUAAUGAGACGUCUCUUAACGUCUAAUAACAAUAAAAUGAAGAAAAAAGCAAUAUUUGACUCAAAUAUUACCGCAAAUACAGACUCUUUAGUUCCUAUUAUUCAAUAGGUCUUCAAUACACAUAACAAUACGUUUCUAUCGGAACAAAAUCAGAGAUUAUAUAAUCAAUUAAUUGAUGAAACGAGAGGUUGUUUUUAAAUCAAAUGAAUUUGAGUUGUAAUGAAUGUGUGCCACAAUUAAUCGGUGC